UGAACGCGUUUUGUCUUUUGUGCGAAGCAGAGGAGGAGAGUGGAGUCCGAUCGAAAAGCGGCGUCGCUUCCCUCUUCCCCAGAUCCUUUUAAAACUCCCUCCCGAACCUCUCCCCUUCUACCCUUGCCACCCUACCCACCCCCUGAACACACUUCCAGGGACGGUUCCGACGUUCAGCCAGUGACCAAAGACUCACUUUGUUGGCCAGUGUUGAGAGCGCGUGCGAGUGUGUGUUGGAUUGAGCUGCAGCAAUGGACUCCAGUCUGGUUGAAGGAGGACUUAAUGUCACCUUAACCAUCAGGCUUCUCAUGCAUGGGAAGGAGGUUGGAAGCAUUAUUGGCAAGAAAGGCGAGUCUGUUAAAAAGAUGAGAGAGGAGAGUGGUGCACGUAUCAACAUCUCAGAGGGGAACUGCCCAGAGAGGAUCAUAACUCUCGCGGGACCUACCACCUCCAUCUUUAAAGCCUUUUCCAUGAUCAUAGAGAAACUGGAGGAGGACAUCAGCACUUCGAUGACUAACAGUACGGCCACCAGCAAACCACCAGUCACCAUGCGCCUCGUUGUACCCGCCAGCCAGUGCGGCUCACUCAUUGGUAAAGGUGGCUGCAAGAUCAAAGAAAUCAGAGAGUCUGCAGGAGCUCAGGUACAAGUAGCAGGGGACAUGUUACCCAACUCAACAGAGCGUGCCAUCACCGUUGCAGGGACUCCACAGUCCAUUAUAGAGUGUGUCAAGCAGAUCUGCAUUGUCAUGCUUGAGUCUCCACCAAAAGGAGUGACCAUCCCAUACAGACCCAAACCCUCAGGGUCUCCUGUCAUCUUUGCAGGUGGUCAGGCUUACGCUGUCCAAGGGCAGCACGCCAUUCCACAGCCUGAUGUAAGUGAAGGGCCCUCUCUCACCAAACUUCACCAGCUGGCCAUGCAGCAGAGCCCCUUCCCCAUUGCACACAGCAACCAGGGCUUCCAGGCUGGGAUGGAUGCCUCUGCACAAACUGGCUCUCAUGAGCUGACCAUUCCAAACGAUCUCAUUGGCUGCAUCAUCGGCCGUCAGGGCGCAAAGAUCAAUGAGAUCCGUCAGAUGUCAGGGGCUCAGAUCAAGAUUGCCAACCCUGUGGAGGGCUCAACUGACAGACAGGUCACCAUUACUGGCUCCCACGCCAGUAUCAGCCUGGCUGAGUACCUGAUCAAUGCCCGGCUGUCAUCUGAAGCUACUGGACUCGCAGCCAACUGACAUGGAGAUCUUCAUCAGCACCUAACGUAACCCCUCCCCCUACUUUUUACCAAGAGGUCCCUUAUUGAACUUAAUGCAAAAACCAAGUACUAUAAACUCACUGUUUUCUCCUCUGCUUUGGUUAGACACCUACUCAGUUGUAAUUACACCAUUAUCAUGAUAUUGGUAUUUUAUUUAUUUAUUAUGUUUUUAAAUUCCCUUUGCAUAUAGUUUUUAAGGACUCCUUCUGUUGUAUUUUUCCCUCUUAUGUUGCUGUAUAUCUGUAUGAUCUUCUUGAUAUACUGUAGGUAAAAUUUUAGAAAAAUCUGAAAAGGCAUAAAUAAUGUUUUUCUUAUGUCAGAUUUUUCUUAGAAAAUGUAAAAAUGAAGAAAAAAAACACACAAUAACAUUAUAGAUGGACUGUUCUUUCCCUUCCUUUUAAAUAUCUAUUUAUUUUUAUUUAAUACACAGCUCCUCGAAUGAGUAGAAUUUGUUGGUAUUUGCCAUCUUCUGUUUGAGGCUGUACUUCCUGAAUGAGGCAUUGUGGGUUUAACGGGUCUCACUGGGUCUAAGUGAUCUUCAGCUGAAGGUGUAUGCAGGGAAAACCUUUUAGUCCGAAGGUAAUUUACCCCUUGUCUAGUGCGGGUUCAGAUGAGAAUUUUUUAAGCUACAUCAUGUCUCACCUCUAAUUUGCUGAGUAAUUAUUUUGUGUCAUUCCUGUAUUUCCAUCCGUUUUAUUUCUUGAACCAGAGGCCUGCACUACGAAGCGGGAUUUGUGGUUAGCGUCAUAAAGCCAGGUAAUCUUGGGAUCUGAAGGUUACACAGUGGUUCAGUUCCUUAAUGGGACACAUUGCAGUGAUAACUUGGACCACACACAUGUAUGAGGUAACAGAUCAGCAUAUAUAAAAGCAUCAACUGGUCAAUCGGUUUUGAAUAAUUAACUGGUUUUAGAAGAUACUUUUGGGUAGACUGGAUCUUAUGAGGUAAGGGGUGUUCAGAGAUGGUCUAACCUCAGUAGCGUUUUCUGACGAGUACAGCGCACAUACAGGUUUGAAUUAUGUUUUUCUGUUUGUGCUUUACAUGCUUCCAAGGCUUUUUAAUGCCACCAGGUUUGCAGCUUGAAACAAAAAUGCUAAAAUGUCUCAUUUGCCAUAAGAUGACGUCUGAGGAACACAUCAGUUUAUUGGAAUACACAUUUGUAAUGAUAGAUCUACUCGUGCCUUAAUGAUAGGGCAGUGAUAUUAAUGAGCCUAUCUUACUCAUUUACACAAAGCUUUUACCGGCUUUGGCUGCAGAAACUCACAUAUUUGUUUGGGAUUAUAGUUAAGAAUUUUGUGGCUCAUUGCUAUAUUCAGAAAAAGCUUUGUUGACUUACCGCAUUGAUAUCGUGGCAUGAUGUCGGUUAUAGUCAGACAGUAAGAAGAUAUCGUAGGUAUGCUGAACCUGCUUCGUAGUGCAGGCCCUGGGAUUUUGAGCAUUGUUGUGUAUUGGAUUCUGAUAAGGGUGGGUGGGCUUUGGUUAUGAGGAGUGGGCUCAAAUAAGAGGAAAAUAUAUUCUUUUCUCUUAAAUUACUAAGACCAUGGUGGUGAUGAUAAUAACAUUGAAAUGUUUGUUUUAAAUAGAGAAAUAUUUUUUUUAACUGCAGGGAGGGGGAAUGCUGCAAGGGGCAAAACUACAAGACAUAUUGGUCUUUAAGUAUAUUAUGCUGAGGUAUUAAAUUAUGAUUAAUUAGAAGGAGAAUUAUAGAAUUAACACUAGUUUCCUGCUAUCUUUUUUGCCUGGGUCAGAUUUUAUUUUUUAUUAUUCUUUGCAGGAUGAAGAAACUCACGUUUUUGUGCACGUUUUCGAAAUAUUGUAGAUCUGGGUGCAAUUAAAUUGUUGAAGAAAUGAAAUGCAGAAAUAAAAGAUGUGAAAUGCUUAAACA